CUCCCUGCUUGAAACCUACAUCGCUGAGGAAUAGUAGUUGGUCCCCCGACUUCUUCUGAGGAGGCAGCGAUAUCGUUCAAGUCUUCGGAUCUCUCUGCGGCUCUUCUUCCCGGCUGAGCCUAGGCGCCUUGUCUCAGGUCCACUGUCCUGAAAAACCAUGGCGCAAAAAGAUGUAGACAAGUACCUCUACGUGGAUCGUAAUCAAAUUAACAAUCCCUUGGCACAGGCAGAUUGGGCAGCAAAAAAACAAGUAUGGGUACCCUCAGAAAAGCAGGGAUUUGAAGCAGCCAGUGUGAAGGAGGAGGCUGGAGAUGAGGUGAUUGUUGAACUAGCGGAGAAUGGCAAAAAGGUAAAGGUGAAUAAAGAUGACAUCCAGAAGAUGAACCCUCCAAAGUUCUCUAAAGUUGAAGACAUGGCAGAGUUGACAUGCUUAAAUGAAGCAUCCGUCUUGCACAAUCUCAAGGAGAGAUAUUAUUCUGGACUAAUUUAUACUUAUUCCGGUUUAUUUUGCGUGGUAAUAAACCCAUACAAGAACUUGCCGAUUUACUCUGAAGAAAUUGUGGACAUGUACAAGGGCAAAAAGAGGCAUGAAAUGCCACCUCACAUUUAUGCAAUCACAGAUACUGCUUAUCGGAGCAUGAUGCAAGACAGAGAAGAUCAGGCCAUCCUUUGCACUGGAGAAUCUGGUGCUGGCAAGACAGAAAAUACUAAAAAAGUUAUCCAGUAUCUGGCUUAUGUUGCAACCUCACACAAAGCCAAAAAAGAUCAGGGUGAACUGGAGCGACAGUUGUUGCAAGCUAAUCCAAUUCUUGAAGCCUUUGGAAAUGCCAAGACUGUCAAAAAUGACAACUCCUCUAGAUUUGGUAAAUUCAUUCGCAUUAACUUUGAUGUCAACGGCUACAUUGUGGGAGCAAAUAUUGAAACCUACUUGCUGGAAAAAUCACGUGCAAUUCGCCAGGCCAAAGAAGAACGAGCAUUCCAUAUAUUUUACUACCUGAUGUCUGGUGCUGGAGAACACUUGAAAAAUGAUCUCCUUUUAGAGGCAUACAAUAAAUAUCGUUUCCUUUCUAAUGGCCAUGUUACAAUUCCUGGUCAGCAAGACAAAGAACUUUUUCAAGAAACUUUAGAAGCAAUGAAGAUCAUGGGAAUUCCUGAUGAGGAGCAAAUUGGAUUGUUGCGAGUGAUUGCUGGAGUCCUGCAGCUGGGAAACAUUGCAUUUAAGAAGGAGCGCAACACAGAUCAGGCUUCCAUGCCUGAUAACACAGCUGCCCAGAAAGUGUGCCACCUUUUGGGCAUUAAUGUGAAUGACUUUACACGAGCGAUCCUCAUGCCCCGCAUUAAGGUUGGACGAGACUAUGUACAGAAAGCCCAGACCAAAGAACAGGCGGACUUUGCAAUAGAGGCUCUUGCUAAAGCAACUUAUGAGCGUAUGUUCCGUUGGCUUGUCAUGCGUAUCAACAAAGCUUUAGACAAAACGAAGAGGCAAGGUGCUUCAUUUAUUGGCAUUCUGGAUAUUGCAGGCUUUGAAAUAUUUGAGCUGAACUCCUUUGAACAGCUUUGCAUCAAUUAUACCAAUGAGAAACUGCAGCAGCUCUUCAAUCACACUAUGUUUAUACUUGAACAAGAGGAAUACCAGCGGGAAGGUAUUGAGUGGAACUUCAUUGACUUUGGCCUGGAUCUUCAGCCCUGUAUUGACUUGAUAGAGAAACCAGCUGGUCCCCCAGGCGUUCUGGCUCUCUUAGAUGAGGAAUGUUGGUUUCCUAAGGCUACUGAUAAGAGUUUUGUGGAGAAAGUGGUACAGGAGCAAGGUUCUCACCCAAAGUUUCAAAAGCCCAAGCAGCUUAAAGAAAAGGCUGACUUUUGCAUCAUGCACUAUGCUGGGAAGGUGGAUUACAAAGCAGAUGAGUGGCUGAUGAAGAAUAUGGACCCGCUGAAUGAUAAUGUUGCAACGCUUCUUAAUCAGUCAUCUGAUAGAUUUGUUUCCGACCUAUGGAAAGAUGUGGAUCGCAUCGUUGGUUUGGAUCAAGUUGCUGGCAUGAGUGAUAGUGCUUUGCCUGGUGCAUUCAAGACUAGAAAAGGAAUGUUCCGCACUGUGGGUCAGUUGUAUAAGGAGCAGCUUUCUAAACUUAUGGCCACACUGAGGAACACAAACCCAAACUUUGUGCGCUGCAUAAUUCCCAAUCAUGAAAAGAAGGCUGGGAAACUGGAUGCCCACUUGGUGCUAGAUCAGUUGCGCUGCAAUGGUGUGCUGGAAGGAAUUCGUAUCUGCAGGCAGGGCUUCCCUAAUAGAGUAGUCUUCCAGGAAUUUAGACAAAGGUAUGAGAUUCUCACCCCAAAUUCUAUUCCUAAAGGUUUUAUGGAUGGAAAGCAGGCAUGCGUUAUAAUGAUAAAAGCCCUUGAGUUGGAUUCCAACCUUUACCGCAUUGGUCAAAGCAAAGUGUUUUUCAGAGCUGGUGUCCUAGCUCACCUUGAAGAAGAGAGGGACCUGAAGAUUACAGAUGUGAUUAUUGCCUUCCAGGCCUGGUGCAGAGGCUACUUAGCCAGAAAGGCAUUUGCGAAACGUCAACAGCAACUUACUGCCAUGAAAGUGAUUCAAAGGAAUUGUGCAGCCUACCUUAAACUCAGGAAUUGGCAGUGGUGGAGGCUUUUCACAAAGGUUAAGCCUCUCUUACAAGCUAAUAGAUUUGAUGAAGAGCUGCUUUCAAAAGAAGUAGAACUUCAGAAAGUAAAAGACCUUCAAACUGCCUCUGAACAGAAAGUUUCAGAAAUGGAACACUUGCAGAUACAGCUUCAACAAGAAAAAAUGCAACUGCAAGAACAGCUACAAGCAGAGAUUGAACUCUGUGCAGAAGCAGAGGAAAUCCGAGUUCGUUUAGCAGCUAAAAAACAAGAAUUGGAAGAAAUCUUGCAUGAUUUGGAGUCUCGGGUAGAGGAAGAGGAGGAAAGAUGUCAACAUUUGCAGACAGAGAAGAAGAAAAUGCAGCAAAAUAUUGGGGAGCUAGAGGAACAGCUAGAGGAGGAGGAAGCAGCCAGGCAAAAGCUGCAAUUGGAAAAGGUCACAGUUGAGGCAAAACUUAAGAAGAUGGAGGAAGAAGUACUAAUUCUGGAAGAUCAGGCAAACAAAUUGAGCAAGGAGAAGAAACUUUUUGAGGACCGUAUUGCUGAAUUUACCACUAAUCUAGCAGAGGAGGAAGAGAAGUCCAAGAGCCUUGCUAAACUCAAAAACAAACAUGAAACUAUGAUCUCUGACUUGGAAGAGCGCCUUCGCAGAGAAGAGAAGCAACGUCAGGAGCUAGAGAAGACACGUCGCAAGUUAGAGGGAGACAGUACCGAUUUACAUGAUCAAAUUGCAGAGCUGCAAGCACAAAUUGCUGAAUUAAAGUUACAACUAGCUAAAAAGGAGGAAGAGCUGCAGGCUGCUCUAGCAAGGGUGGAGGAAGAAGCUACUCAAAAAAACAUUGCGAUUAAGAAAAUUCGAGAGUUGGAAUCCCAGAUUGGUGAACUACAGGAAGAUCUUGAUGCUGAGAGAGCUGCACGCAAUAAGGCAGAGAAACAAAAGCGUGAUCUAGGAGAAGAACUUGAAGCAUUAAAGACUGAACUUGAGGAUACCUUGGACUCAACAGCAGCACAGCAAGAACUCCGAACAAAACGUGAGCAGGAAGUAUCACACCUAAAGAAAAAUUUGGAAGAGGAAGCUCGGCUUCAUGAAGUCCAAAUUCAGGAGUUCAGACAGAAGCAUGCACAAGCUGUUGAGGAGCUUUCUGAACAGUUGGAACAGACAAAACGGGUAAAAGGAAAUUUGGAAAAGGCAAAACAAGCACUUGAAAGUGAGCGUAAUGAACUAGCCAAUGAGGUUAAAGCUCUUAUGCAGGGCAAAGGCGACUCUGAACACAAGAGAAAAAAAGUGGAAGUGCAGCUUCAGGAACUGCAAGUCAAAGUAUCGGAAGGUGACAGAUUUCGUGCUGAGCUGUCAGAGAAGGCAAACAGACUGCAGGUUGAGUUGGACAAUGUCACAAGUCUCCUUUCUCAAUCGGACAGCAAAUCUAGCAAAUUUGCUAAAGAUUUCUCUACCUUGGAAUCACAGCUGCAAGACACUCAGGAACUCUUACAAGAAGAGACACGUCAAAAACUGAGCUUUAGCACAAAACUCAAACAAAUGGAAGAUGAGAAAAAUGGCUUCCUGGAACAGUUGGAAGAGGAGGAGGAAGCAAAGAAAAACCUAUCAAAGCAAGUCUCAACACUGCAAGCUCAGAUAGCAGAUAUGAAAAAGCGAAUGGAAGAAAGCGUUGGUUCCUUAGAAAAUGUUGAAGAGGUGAAAAAGAAACUGCAGAAAGACCUUGAAGCUACUAAUCAACGCUAUGAGGAAAAGGCAGCUGCUUAUGACAAGCUUGAGAAGACAAAGACAAGACUUCAGCAGGAGCUGGAUGAUCUUGGUGUUGAUCUCGAUCACCAGCGUCAGAUUGUAUCCAACCUGGAGAAGAAGCAAAAGAAGUUUGAUCAGAUGCUUGGUGAGGAGAAGACUGUUUCUGCAAAAUAUGCAGAAGAACGUGACCGUGCAGAAGCAGAGGCUCGUGAGAAAGAGACCAAAGCCCUAUCCUUGGCUCGUUCCUUGGAGGAAGCUCUGGAACUUAAGGCUGAAUUAGAAAGGGUCAACAAACAGCUGCGUACAGAGAUGGAAGAUUUGGUCAGCUCCAAGGAUGAUGUUGGGAAAAGUGUGCAUGAGCUAGAAAAGUCUAAACGAGCCUUGGAACAGCAAGUAGAAGAGAUGAAGACUCAGUUGGAAGAACUUGAAGAUGAAUUGCAGGCAACAGAGGAUGCUAAACUCCGCCUGGAAGUUAACUUGCAAGCCAUGAAGGCUCAGUUUGAUAGAGAUUUGCAAGGGCGUGAUGAACAGAGUGAGGACAAGAAGAAACAACUUGUCAGACAGGUGAAAGAAAUGGAAGCAGAACUUGAAGAUGAAAAGAAACAACGUUCAUUGGCAGUAGCAGCUCGAAAGAAGCUUGAGAUGGAUUUGAAAGACCUAGAAGGACAGAUUGACUCUGCAAACAAAAGCAGAGAAGAGGCAAUAAAGCAGCUUCGUAAAUUGCAGGCACAGAUGAAGGAUUACCAGAGAGAGUUGGAGGAUGCAAGAGCAUCCAGAGAUGACAUUUUGAGCCAGUCCAAAGAAAAUGAGAAGAAACUCAAGAGUUUUGAAGCAGAGAUGAUCCAUAUGCAGGAGGAUCUUGCUGCUGCUGAGCGUGCCAAACGCCAAGCCCAGCAGGAGAGAGAUGAACUGGCAGAGGAGAUUGCAAACAGCAGUGGCAAAGGUGCUCUAGCUGUAGAAGAAAAGAGACGUUUGGAAUCGCGCAUUGCACAGCUUGAAGAGGAACUAGAGGAGGAACAGGGCAACACAGAACUUGUCAAUGACAGACUGAGGAAAGCAACUCUACAGACUGACCAGUUGAAUGCUGAUCUGAAUGCAGAGCGCAGCAAUGCUCAGAAAAAUGAAAAUGCUCGCCAACAAAUGGAUCGCCAGAAUAAAGAGCUGAAAACUAAGCUUCAGGAGUUGGAGGGAUCUGUUAAAUCUAAGUUUAAAGCUUCAAUCACUGCAUUGGAAGCAAAGAUUGUACAACUUGAGGAACAGCUUGAUACAGAGACAAAGGAAAGGCAGAAUGCAAGCAAGCAAGUGCGCCGUACAGAGAAAAAACUAAAGGAUGUCUUGAUGCAGGUGGAGGAUGAAAGGCGCAAUGCAGAGCAAUACAAAGAUCAGGCUGAGAAGAACAACGUUCGAAUGAAACAGUUGAAACGCCAGGUGGAGGAGGCUGAAGAAGAAGCACAGCGUGCAAAUGCAAUGCGCCGCAAACUGCAGCGUGAACUUGAAGAUGCCACAGAAACAGCAGAUGCCAUGAAUCGGGAGGUGAACACUCUUAAGAGCAAGCUUCGACGUGGUGGUGGUGAUGUACAAUUUGUUACAAGACGUGUUGGAAGGAAAGGUGUUGAUGAAGCUUCUGAUGAUGAUCUGGAUGGAAAGGCAGAUUCUGGAGAUGCAAAAUCUACUGACUAAGAAUUUCACCAGCACAUUUCAUCUUGCCCUGGUGUAAUACAGGAGAAUUGCUCAGUCAUUUAGAAAUCGCCAUAUUAUUCAAAGCCUGUUAAAGGGGGAGUUUUUUCUCUCGUCAUUGUGGGAAAAAUUAAUGGGGCCUUAAUUAAAAACUGAAAGAAAAAAAAUGUCUUCCUAAGAUACCAAAGCCAUAGCUUUCAUCAGAUUUGUAAUUGUAUGUACAAUCAUGGCUUGUGGUUACAGCGUUUUCAGUUUUAGGCAAUGUCUGUGCACUUUCUAUUGUGACAGCCAGAAUGGAUUUGUAGACUUUAAGCACUGUAUCACUUUUUGAUCUUGACUGUUCUGAAUUUCAGUCUUUGAAUCUCUUGCUGCCUUUUACAGUUUUGCUUAAUGCCACUUUCUGACUGGAUGCAUUUAUUCUUGCUUUCUUUAAGAUUUGUAUCCAGAGAGCAGAACCCACUGUCUGUUUGGGAAGAGUUUAGUUAAGGACCAAAUGUAUUGAUCAUAAAUAUGGAUCACGUUUUUACAAGUAUUUUUUUAUACUUGUAUAUCUAGACGAUAUAAAUAUGUAACUGGAGAACUGUCUGUACUGCACCAUAUAUAUGAACUGUUAAUCUGCACACACCUAAAUGUAUUGGUCAAGUGGUUUUUGAAAUGCAUUUUUUUUUUUUUUUUUGGUAUCACUGCCUAUUUAGGGUGCUCAUUUCUAAUGGUUCAUCCUGUGUAUUAUAAGUGCCUUUUUACUGCUGCCUGGUCAUGUUCAGAAUCAAGAGCUCGUAAACCAGGAAAAUGUUGCUGUUGCUUUACAUAAUAAACUAUGAUCAGUGCUGCAAA